AUGGACGGCACAUGGGAUGCCCAAAAAUCAUCCUCUAAAACGGCCACAAUCACUGAUUACCUAGACAUUCCUUCUGGUGAUGAGGACUCAUUGUUUCGUGCCGUUGCUAACCAGCCAGUAUCUGUCGGUAUUGAUGCUAGCGGGUUCGAAUUUAAGCACUAUUCUGAGGGGGUAUUCACAGGAGAUUGUGGCACCCAAAUGAAUCAUGCUGUCACGGCUAUCGGCUAUGAAACGACUGAAGAGGGGACCGACUACUGGCUAAUCAAUAACUCCUUGGGCCAAACAUGGGGUGAUAUAGGGUACAUGAAGAUACAGCGCGGCGUCAACCUAUGCCGCAUCGCAAACAUGGCGUCCUACCCUGUUGCAUGA